AUGGCCUCGACGGGCAACGACGGCAGGAAACCUUACUUGAACAACGGAUUGAACUAUGGCAGGUCAACAAGUUGCAACUGUUCGAGCAGGUCCAACACGACGGCGGCCACCGGGCCGGCCGCGGAGCGCCCCCGCGUCACCUACGUCACCGACCUGGACAAGUCCGUCAUCGUCAGCAACUUCGACAAGCGCGGCUGGCUGCAGGUCUCGCCGGAGGAUGACUGGAAUUUCUACUGGGCGGGCACGCAGACGUGUCGCACCCUCUUCAGUGUGGACAGCGGCUACCGGAUGAACGACAACCAGAUGAUCAACCACUUCCCCAACACGUACGAGCUGACGCGGAAGGACCUGCUGGUGAAGAACAUCAAGCGGUACCGCAAGGAGCUGGAGCGGGACGGCAACCCCCUGGCCGAGCGCGGCGACGCGCCCUCGCGCUACCUGCACCUCGACUUCGUGCCCGUCACCUUCGUGCUGCCCGCGGACUACAACAUGUUCGUGGAGGAGUACCGCAAGAACCCCCAGUCCACGUGGAUCAUGAAGCCGUGCGGCAAGAGCCAGGGCGCCGGCAUCUUCCUCAUCAACAAGCUGUCCAAGCUCAAGCGCUGGUCCAGGGAGAGCAAGACGCCCUUCAACCCCAACCUCGUCAAGGAGUCCUACGUCAUUUCGAGGUACAUCGACAACCCGCUGCUGAUCGGCGGCAAGAAGUUCGACCUGCGCCUGUAUGUGCUCAUCACUUCGUUCCGGCCCCUCAAGGCCUACCUGUUCCGCCUGGGCUUCUGCCGCUUCUGCACCGUCAAGUACGACGCCAGCAUCCAGGAGCUGGACAACAUGUACGUGCACCUGACCAACGUCAGCGUGCAGAAGCACGGGGGCGAGUACAACAGCAUGCACGGCGGCAAGCUCUCGGUGCAGAACCUCCGCCUGUACCUGGAGAGCACCCGCGGCAAGGCAGUCACCGAGCGCCUGUUCUCCAACAUCUCGUGGCUCAUCGUGCACUCCCUCAAGGCCGUGGCCCCCGUCAUGGCCAACGACAGGCACUGCUUCGAGUGCUACGGCUACGACAUCAUCAUCGACAACAAGCUCAAGCCCUGGCUCAUCGAGGUGAACGCGAGCCCCUCCCUGACGUCCACCACGGUCAACGACCGCAUCCUCAAGUACAAGCUCAUCGACAACAUCCUCUCCGUGGUGCUGCCGCCCGACGGGGUCCCAGAUACGCGGUGGAACAAAGUGCCGUCGCCUGAAGCCCUGGGGAACUUCGAGCUGCUUCUCGACGAAGACCUCGCGGCCCAAGACGACCAGCCUCGUCGCAGCGACAACAGGACGCACUCCAGCAGGUGGAAGUGAUUAAAGUUUCACCAAAU